AUGCUUCUCACGCUAGUACUGUGGAUCGACUCACAACUCGAGCAGUACAGGAACGCGGUGGCGGUCAACGGUGUAAAUGGGACAGCAACAAGAAACCUGAUUUCGUCACGAUUUACUCCAGACAACCUCGAGCUACACAACCGCUCAGCGAGAAAAGAUGGAGGCAAUGACGCGUUCCUGUCGAGGCGCGGCUGCCCAUCAAUCGACCCGAAUGUGUGCGACUACGCCAGCAGAGUGCACUUCUUCCCGGCAGCGCUGAAGGAGAAGCUCAAAGGCUACAUCUGCAACACAUUCGGUGGCAUCAAUAGCAAGUAUACCUCCACAUGA